AUGCCUUCAUCUUCUGACGAUGACGACGACAAUGAUGAGGAUACCGUGUUCCAAUCCCACUCCCACCCCCACUAUCGCGGAGAUUCCUCCAGCUCCUCUCCCUCCCCUCCUCCGCCCCAGCACAACUUCUUCGCGCCGCCCUUCUACAACCGUCCGCCUACACCUCUCCCCCCAUCGCCCUCAUUGACCUCCCUCCUCCGCCCCUCUCGACCGACGACCCCCGACAGCUCAGCCGACGAGCUUGAGCCAGUGCCGCGGGCCUCUCCGAAAGUGCCAACCUACGAAUACUACGGCUUCGUGCUAUACCUCUUCUCCUCCCUGACCUUCCUCAUGUACCUGCUCUGGUCGUACCUACCAUCGCCUUUUCUCCACGCACUCGGGAUAUACUACUAUCCGAACCGCUGGUGGUCUCUUGCGCUGCCGUCCUUUAUCGUCAUGCUGCUAGUCUACAUCUACGUUGCGCUCGCGUCUUACAACACGGGGUAUCUGACGCUUCCUCUAAGCUCCAUUGAGACCAUCAUUGAUGACGCGGCGAAUGUCGCUACGUUGGAUGGGAAGGGAAGGAAGAUGGGCGCUACAAGGGAGAAAAGAAGGGAUCGCUCGGAUAAUGACCUGAAGGAUUGGCAGAGUCUGUGGAGUCGGGGGACAGAUGCUGUUAUGGACGUUCCACUAGGAGGGGUGUGUGAAGUUCUAUACGGAGACUUGCGGGCGGAUAUAGAGGUUGAAUAG